AUGUCCAAAGCAAAGAGCAACAAAGCAAAUAUAAAAUCUGUUUUAUUACAAAUUCAACUUCAACAAUAUUUACCGAUUUUUCAAAGAAAUGAAAUUGAUUUUACAACCUUCUUAACAUUAAAUGAACAAUCCUUAAAAUCCAUUGGAGUCAAGAAUGAAUCUCAUUGUAAAAUAUUAUUAAUGUAUAUUAGGAAGUUACAACAGUUCUUAUUAACACCUUCCACAACAACGGCAACUGAAAGCCAUAUGUCUUCAAUAGUGGAAAAUGAAAAUCAUUCAAUACAUGAAUCCGGAGAUGAAGAACUGAUUAAAGAUGAUAGUCAACUUACAGUCGGUAAUAAUUUGACCGCUUUGACACCUAUCACGGAAGAAGAUGAAUUGUGUUUCCCCAUAACAAAUGUUGCUAGUGAAGAGGAAUCCAAUGACCUCACUGACGUAACGCAAUCUAAUAUCAGCAAUGCCGUUGAUCAAAAGUCACUGAUUACUGCGCCAAUAAUACCAUCAACAACAAAUAGUGCUGAUAAUCAGGAUACAAACGAAACGCAAUCAGAUUCAAUGGAAGAUAAUUAUACGCCAAUAUCUUUAACUUCUCGGGGACGUAAACAUAACAGCACAGAUGAUGAACUUAUAUUAGCUAUGAGACGACAACGUGGCGCAGUUGUACGAAAUACGAAUUGGCGCCUUUCUAUGCCAGUGACUAGUAGUGAAUUACCUUCUUAUUUCGAUGUGGUUGAUCGACAACACUUCGCAAAUAAAAGUGAAGAAUUACCUUCUUAUUCUUGCUCCGUACAAAAGUGUGGAUAUAUUUUCAAGAAAAAUGAAUUCGCUUCAAAAGGAGUUAAAUCGAGAGACAGAUCAUGGAAACAACAAUAUAUAUAUUUAUGGGGAACUCUUCUACGCGUAUAUAAAAGCGAACCAAUUGAUUUCAACCGAGUAAAUCCAGUUCACGAGUUUAAUAUGCUAAACGCUCAAAUAGGUUUAGCGUCAGAUUAUCUCAAAAAAAGAAAUGUGAUAAGAAUACGAGUUUCUACUGGAAAACAAUUUUUAUUUCAAACACAAAGUCGUGAUGAAUGUGUUGCAUGGAUUGAAGUAUUGCAAUCUUCUGUAAAUAUUUCAUCUACGUUGGAUGAAAGAGAAAUGCCAAUGUUUAUUACUUUACCUACAAGGCGACGUAGAGUAAAUGCAUCUAAUAUAACAACAUCUACAUCAUUAUCAUCAAUGAAUAACAUUAAUUAUGAAGGUAAUAGCGGUAUACCUUUAAUAAAUUAUUCCUUAAUGCCAGUUUCUUCUUCAGGUUUAACUUUACAACAAUAUAAUGAAAUGGCAAGAGAAUUACAGCAAGUUCAAAUUACUGGAGCUUUACCGCAACAACAAUUAUCCUGGUAA